GCAUGGGAGGGAAGUGAGGAGGAGGACUCGAGGAAGUGGGGACUGGGUGGGGAAUGCGGGCGACGACCAGAGAAUGCGGUGCAGCUGCGCGACGAAGAGGAGGAGUGGGGGGCGGGCAGGAGUGACAUGUAGUGGAUGAGAGGAGGUGCGGAUUAUGGUGGCAGGUUCUGGAGGAGGAUGCUGAAGGAGGAGCGGAGGCAGCGAGCGUCGUGGAACUUCGCGAGCAGGGUUGGAUUUUUGAAUUCUUUGCGUGGGUCGUAGAGGAGUUUGAAGGAGGAAGGAAGGGAGGCAGGGAGGGAGUAGGAGCAGGGGCCGAGGCCGAGGCGGAGCGAGUCUGAGUUUUGUAGUUUAGAGAGAAGACUCGUUGGGUUGGACAGGAUUUGUUCGCGAGGUCGUCUUCGUGUUGUCGUUCCCACUUGUGACCUCCGGUCGUGGUAGGCAAAGCCAGCCAUCAUGAGGAUCAUGAUAAAGGGAGGUGUUUGGAAAAACACCGAGGAUGAGAUUCUCAAAGCAGCGGUGAUGAAAUAUGGCAAAAAUCAGUGGGCACGUAUUUCUUCGCUCCUGGUUCGGAAGUCAGCCAAGCAAUGCAAGGCCCGCUGGUACGAGUGGUUGGAUCCAUCUAUCAAGAAGACCGAGUGGACUAGAGAGGAGGAUGAGAAGCUCUUGCAUUUGGCGAAGCUGAUGCCUACUCAGUGGAGGACAAUUGCACCCAUUGUUGGACGCACACCUGCUCAAUGUUUGGAGCGUUAUGAAAAGCUACUGGAUGCUGCAUGUGCGAAGGAUGAAAAUUAUGAACCUGCGGAUGAUCCUCGAAAGCUUCGACCAGGAGAGAUCGACCCUAAUCCAGAGUCCAAGCCAGCUAGACCUGAUCCAGUGGAUAUGGACGAGGAUGAGAAGGAAAUGCUUUCAGAAGCUAGAGCCAGGCUUGCCAAUACGAGGGGGAAGAAAGCGAAGAGGAAAGCCCGAGAGAAGCAGCUUGAAGAGGCACGAAGGUUGGCUUCUUUACAGAAAAGAAGGGAGUUGAAGGCUGCAGGAAUAGACGUGAGGCACAGGAGGAGAAAGCAAAAAGGUAUCGAUUACAAUGCGGAAAUUCCUUUUGAGAAAAAGCCACCACCGGGAUUCUUUGAAGUCUCUCAAGAGGAGCGGAUAGUGGAGGAACCUCAAUUUCCAACUACAAUUGAGGAAGUAGAAGGCAAGCGCCGAGCUGACAUAGAGGCUCAAUUGCGGAAACAGGAUGUUGCCCGAAAUAAGAUUGCCCAGAGACGGGAUACACCAGCAUCGGUUAUGCAAGUGAACAAGUUGAAUGAUCCAGAAGCUGUUCGCAAGCGAUCGAAACUGAUGCUUCCUGCCCCUCAGAUCUCUGACCGGGAGCUAGAAGAGAUUGCCAAAAUGGGGUAUGCAAGUGAUUUGCUUACAGGAGAGGAUGAUUUCAGAGAAGGAACUAGUGCCACGAGAGCUCUUCUUGCGAACUAUAAUCAAACACCAGCUCAUCCGGGAAUGACUCCGUUGAGAACACCCCAACGAACCCCGGGAGGCAAAGGAGAUGCCAUUAUGAUGGAAGCAGAAAAUUUGGCUCGUCUUAGGGAGACACAGACACCGCUGUUCGGAGGUGAAAAUCCUGAGUUGCAUCCCUCAGAUUUCUCCGGUGUCAACCCAAAGAAGAAGGACAUUCAAACGCCCAAUCCAAUCGCAACACCCAUGCGUACUCCUUCUGGCGGAAUGGGUGCCACUCCUGGUAUGACUCCGAUGAAGGACUCUGCCAUGUAUGGCAUGACACCCAAAGGUACGCCUAUUCGAGAUGAACUUCACAUCAACGAAGGUAUGGAAACACCCUUCGACAACGCGAAGGCUGAGAAAAUGAGGCAAGCUGAGUUGAGGCGAAAUUUGAGAGCUGGGCUCGGAGACCUUCCAGCUCCAAAGAAUGAGUAUCAGAUAGUUGUGCCAGACCUUCCCCCAGAAGAGGCCGAACCCGUUCGAGACAUGGAGGAGGAUAUGUCAGAUCUCUUGGCCAGACAACGUGCUGAUGAAGCAGCGAAGCAAGCAGCACUUUUAAGGAAGAGGUCAAAAGCCCUGCAAAGAGAUCUGCCUCGGCCGCCCCUUGGUGGCGUAGAGCUCUUGAGGAGCUCUUUACAGAGCACCGAGAACGCUGUGACUUAUUUAGACGAAGCUGAUGAGCUGAUAAGACGAGAAAUGGUGGAGCUGCUCGAGCACGAUGCGGUAAAAUACGCGGUCAAAGACGAAUCUUCCAGCAAGGAUAAGAAGAAGGGGACAAAGACGGGCGUUAACGGCAGAGCCCAAGCUCCCGUACCUUGGAUUGAGGAUUUUGAAGAGGACCAUCUUUUGGAGGCUGCAAAACUGAUAGAGGAAGAAAUAGAUAUUUUGAGGAUGGCCAUGGGUCACGAGGAUGCUACUCUAGAUGACUAUGCAGAUGCACGCGAUGCCUGUGUCGAAGAUAUGGUCUAUCUUCCAACUCGUAAUAGUUACGGUCUGGCCAGUGUAGCCAGUAGUGGCGACCGUCUGGCCUCAAUGCAAUAUGAAUUAGAUAACAUCAGAAAACUUAUGGAAGGAGAGACGAAGAGGGCAGUGCGCCUGGAACAAAAGCUGAAGGUGCUUACCCAAGGAUAUCAGACACGAGCUGAAAGCCUCGGAAGGCUUAUCGAGGCAUCAUUCAAGACGGCAGAUACUUUGGGAACUGAAUUGAAGUGUUUUAGAGCAUUACAUCGGCAGGAGCAGUUGGCCGCACCUCGACGUAUUGAAGCCUUGCAAGACUUAGUAACACAACAAGUAGAGCGCGAACGGGUGCUUCAAUUACAGUACGAGAAUUUGCUAGUUGAGCAAGACAACUUGACUCGGCUAAUUGAUGACCAUGAUGUGGCAACUGCCAAAGCUUUGGAAGCUAAGUUAGCUACGGAAGACGCUGCCACAGAGGAAAGAGAUGCCGACUCUGAAAUACAAAUUGUGGAAGACUUGCAGCAGAAGGCACCAGCGAAAGAAGACGCCAUUCAAGAGAGAAGGGAUUCCUCUUUUGAUGAAGCAGAAGAUAUGCAGGGCAUUGAAAAGGAAUCAGUGGAAAGAAGCCCAUUAAAUGCUGAGAAGGCAAUGGAAGAAGUAUCCGUAGAAAGGGUAGUAUUACCUGGAACUGCGGUAGAGAUGCUCAUAGAGGCAGGAGUGGAUGCUGUGGCAUCUGUUGACGAGGUGUCCGCCAUGAAAGAAGGUCUGGUAGAGGUCGAAGAGGCAAAUGUAGUUAGACAUAACGCGGAGGGAUUCAAUGAGGUAGAAACCGGAACAAAUUCUGCUGGAACUGUACAAAUCUCGUAGUGUGCCAUUUUGCUCUUCCGUACAGAAGGUGCUAUUAUUAGUGUAGGAAGGUUGGAAAUGAUCCAGGCAGAUAAUUUCGGUCUCUCGAAGUUUGUCGAAGGGCAAGGGUACGCUUGAUGCACACGCCGCGUGGCCUCGAUGUAGGGUGAUGCUUUACAAAAUGUGAAAUGUAUGUUGUUGUGAACUUGAUUAAAUUCUUAAAGCAUGACUAGUCGAAGAAGUCCUCGAAGAAGUCGAUUGAG